AAUCAUCACUAGCAUAUGUAACAAAAUGUUUUGAUGUAAAUAAAGAGUCUACCAGUCUAGAUGUCGAUGUUGUUUAUCUCAAUGGGAUUUUUCUAAUUUCUUUGAUGUGUUCUAAGGAAAAGCCAAAUCAUGGCCUCGACAGACGUUAUCAAAAAGGAAAAAAGCGAUGGCAGUCAACUUGUCUCUGAACAAAAGCCAGCUUCUGCUUACUUGUGGCGAGGUUUCUGUGACAACCUGAACAUCACAGCUUACGAAUUGUUUACAAAAGUCAACAUUACAGAUAUUGCCCUGGGAACCAGCCAUAGUUUAUUCUUAACUGAUGAUGGCAGUGUCUACGUCAAUGGAGAGAAUAAUCUAUCUCAGUUGGGACUGGGUUUAGCAGACAACAAGGUGGUUGAAGAGCCCCUGAGAAUUAAUCAUCUUUCGGAACCAUGUGUACAUAUAGCUUGUGGAAAUUUUCACAAUGCUGUGGUCACACAGUCAGGGAAAGUUUACUGCUGGGGAUCUUCCUCCGAUGGUCAGUGUGGAACAGGUAGCUUGGACAGAGUGCACGUCCCUACCCUCGUACCCAUUGAGAUCAACAAAGGUUUCUGUCAGCAUGGAGUGCCCAAGCCUGCUACUUCUGUUGAUGUGGAGACAGUGGCCUGUGGAGCUAGUCACACAUUGGCCCUAUCAUGUGAUGGUGAAGUUUGGGCCUGGGGUGCUGGGCCCCAGUUGGGACUGGGGGAAUUGAGACAUGCGCCUCUACCCAGAAGGGUCGAAACUUUGCAAGGUCAGUUAACCCUUGCAGUUUGUUGUGGGGAUAAACACAGCAUGGCCCUUGUCCAGCGCCAGGAAAAGUCAGCCUCGAGGACAGCAUCGCCCCGGACAUCGCCUUUAAAGGCCAAAGGUCAAGUUGAGGCCAGGGACGUGCAGGAGGAUAAACUUUACCCCUCAAGGUGCAGCACAUGUAACAAAGAGAUCUACACGUACACAGAUACAAGUGACAUGUGUAUCAUUGACACAUUACACAGCUGCACAGUCAGUGACACAGCAAUAAUAGAUUCAACCCUUGUGGAGGAAGUAUCCAUGUCCAGCUCAUCCAAUGAGGUAUCCAAACGAUCGUCGUCCCCCUCUCCAGAAAAAGAGGAAAUUAAAGAACAAAAUGAGCUCAGCGGCUUUAAAGACUCAAAUUGUCCACAAGAAAAUAGCAAACCCAAUGCUCAACGAGAAAUGCCUGAGACCUCUUACAAUCAAGAUGGAGGUCCAGGCGGGUUGGUUGAGGAGACUAGCUUCCUUGAGUCUGCUGCUUUUGAUUCAAGUGUUUUGGUUGUAUCUGGGGAUGAUCCAUUUGAGGACGCCACACACGCUGCUACCAAGAUGGCCCCUGUCUCAGAAGAUAAUGAAACACAAUCAACUGAAGGGCCUCAAGAUAUAAAUCAUCUCAAGGAAAUUUUAGUCUCAUCCUCUAAGUCUCAGGAUACGGGAAAAGAGAGUUCUAUCCAGUCAGCAUCUGACGGCUCUGAUGACGAAAUUUGGAAAAGGCGUUCAGAAACUGAUGAUGGGGAUGAAGAAGUGAACUCACUGUUGAACAAGCAACGAGUCAGGUCACCAUCCACUACAAGUCUCAGGUCUAUUAAUCUUCUAAAGCAGUCAGAGGCCCUGGAGUACCUACAGCGUCAGUUUGAAGAUGAGGAGAUGAACCUGACAGCAUCAAGAACUAUACCAGAGGCAGUAAUUCCCUCGCAGUUAACUAAACCUGCAUCAGAAGUAGCUGCUGCCAAGGAAGAUAAAUCACAGACAUCAUUUGGGAACAUGUUUGAUAUGUUUGGUCAGGUCAAGUCAAUGACAUCUAGAGCAUUCACCAACAUUCAGACAUUGUCAGGUUUUGGCUCCACGGUCACUGAGGAGCCUUCUGGGGAUAAAACUGGACAGGAUAAUAAAUGUAGCAUAGAGCUGACCACUGUCCAGAAUAAAUCUGCAAACAGCAAUGUUGUGAAAUCUCAGAGUAACGACAAUAUAGCAACAGACAAAUUGAACCAGCCAGAGGAUCAAGCCAACCGACCUGACCAAAUGAAAAAGUCUGGAACAUUUUUGGAGUGGUCACGUGAAAUGGCCAAUGUGGAUGAUGACCCGUCCAGCUUGACUCGAGAUUUGACGAGGAAGUCCAUACGUACCAUUGAGCUUCAGCAAAAAAAUUUGAACCGAACGCCGAGCACUGCUGAACUGUUGCCACAAAACAAGAUUGUCACAGCAACAAAUGUCUGGGUGUGGGGGAGCAACGACCAGGGACAGCUUGGCCUUGGGGACCAGUUGGAAAGGUCAACACCAGUACUAAUAAAAUUUCUAGCAGGUCGACAGGUCAUUAAGCUAGCAGCAGGGGAGAGCCAUAGUCUAGCUGUGACCUCUAACUCUCAAGUGUAUUCAUGGGGGUCUAACAGUUAUGGGCAGAUAGGUCAGCCUGACUCUGUAUAUGGGCCAACACGAGUUAAGCUUGUCAAGGGUUGUACUGUGUGGGAUGUUGGAGCUGGUCAGUCUCAUUCAGUCUUUCUUGGUGACUGCGCUGAUGGCAGUGAUAGCCCUCGACCAGUUGUGUUGUACUGUGGCAAACAUCCAAGUAAAGAGAAGCUUACAACAAUGAAGAAAACAAACUCACCAGUGGCUCUGGGAGAUAUCAAACAGCUGGGCUGGAUCACCAAGGUUACAGCUGGAGGCAGCAGCUGUGCAUGUAAAGUUAUGAGCCCAGCGCUUCCGUACAUGGAGCCUGUCUUUGAUCUGGCAGCCUCAGAGAGAGCUUUCUACAACCAGCUGAUCAAAACUUCUAAUUUAUUGUUGAGGCCACUUCAGAAAUCUGCUUUCUACACAGCCAUGGAUGUUUACCCUUACAAGUCUUCUUUACAGAAUAUGGUGUCUUCAUUUGGAUCUCUUACUAAGAAGAUUGGAGAGGGCAUCACAGACCUGACGCUUUGUAUACAGACUUGUAAACCGUUUGAUCAGAGCCUGAUGUCUGCUGGGCAUGGUCAGUUUGUAGAGGCCUUCAGGCAGUACUCUUGUAAAUUUUCUGACUUUUUAGCUGUUGGUGGUUUUGACUAUUGCACCAGAGCAGGGAGUGAAUUCUUUGAAAAGACUCAAGAGGCAAUCAAAGAUCUGUCUGAGGAGCAGGAUAAAAAUGUUGGCGCCAGCACUUUGUUCAUGAGAGCUAUGAGGUAUCCGUUCUUUCGCCUGGCUGAGUACAGUCGCUUUUUGAACAAGAUCUCUUCCUUGAUUGAGAAAAAAGAGACUAAAGAUCAGAUUCAGAAUGUCAUACUGGACUGGGAUGCAUUGAAAGUAAAUUUCUCAGCAGAGCAUAAAUUAGCAGAAGCCACUAGAGUAUUCUGGGAAACCUCUAAAAUAUCAGAUACUUUUAAAACACCAAAUAGAAGAGUUCUCAGAGAGAGUAAGACACACCCACUGACCUGGCCUGCCGGAGGUCGAUUCAUGAACCGCCUGUUUGUACUGUUCAAUGAUGGCUUACUUCAUGUCCAGGGUACAACCAAUGCAUUACUUCCUUUAGAGACGCUCUGGGUUGAGUCUGGUACAUCAGAGGCUGAAAGUCCAAACACUGUCAUUGUCAUAGCUCCAGAAGAGAGAUUUGAACUUCAGGUGACCACUCCAGCUCAGAAGGCAGAGUGGCUGAUUGCCUUCAACUCAGCCAUUAGUAAAGCCUUGACCUUGCACAAGCCCAUGUCCAAGAGAAACAGCAGUGGGGAGCGUUUCACCCCGCCGUUGAUCCGCAGUGCCAGCCACAAAUUUACCAAACCAGGUAUUUACAAAGAUGCAAGUUAUGAGGGAAGCUGGAUAUCUGGGAAAGUGCAUGGCAGUGGAGUGAUGAAGUGGUCAGAUGGUUCAAUUUUUGAAGGUGAAUUUAAGAAAGGUUUACUGCAUGGUCCUGGUGUCUUCACUCUGGUCAAAAGCUCUGGUAAAGAAAUUCAAAAAGGGCACUGGAAAGAUGGGAAACUCAAUGGCAAGGGCAUUAUCAGUUAUGCCAAUGGAGACUAUUAUGAAGGUUAUUUCCAAGAUGGCCAAAGGUUUGGUCACGGCAUGCUACAGAGAGGGCGGCACAAGUCAAACUGCUCUUCUGUUUACAUCGGGGAGUGGCUUAACAACCAGAAGGACGGUUACGGGGUACACGAUGACAUACUGAAAGGAGAGAAAUACAUGGGCAUGUGGGUUGAAAAUUUUCGUCAUGGCAGCGGUGUAUUGGUCACACUGGAUGGAAUGUACUUUGAAGGCACAUUUGUACAGAACAAACUUACUGGUUUUGGUGUGAUGAUAUCUGAUGAUAACACUCUAUAUGAGGGAGACUUUGUUGGAACUACGUACUUAUCAGGAAAGGGUGUCCUCACAUUAUCUACUGGGGACAAACUGGAAGGAAACUUCAGCGGUACCUUGAACGAAGGCCUGAAGUUCACUGGCACAUUUAACAAGUCAUCCUCCUCCUCUGACAUUGAGAAGAGAAGCCAACAAGGGGGCAGCAUUAAGUCCAAGUAUUUUGGCAGACUUUGUGUCUCGGCAGACAAUAAAUGGGAGGAUAUUUUCUCCCACUGCUGGGCCAUCCUUGGUCAGAGCCUGGUCAACUCUGCCAAAAGUCGGACUGACACUGAGAAGGCCUGGGAGCUGGUUGCUGUCAUGGUGACCACUGGAAGGAACAGUUUGAAAUCAUUGUCUGGCAUUUCUCCCACCAAGUUGAAAGUCCAACAGAAUACACUGGAAGAGUUGGCCAAGAUCCCAGCUCAUGGUGCAGACAAGUGUACAGUGGAGGUUGUCCAGGAGAUCUCAGCAUACCUCACCAAGGCUUUUGACACUAUUUACCACCCACUGGGACAACUAAUGGAAACUCUGGUGGAUGUCUUCAGAGCUUCCUACAUUGGAAUAGGAGCACAUCCAAGGUUAUUGCAUCAUGCCAAACAGGAAGUGAUGUCAUAUGUUCAUAGACUCUACCGAGUUGUGAGAAUUCUGUUUCCUGCUUUGCCAGCCAAUGGUGGCCCUGUUCAUGUUUACCCACAAUCCCACUACAAAGAUAUUGCAAGGACAAGUGAAGAAGCUCAAGAGUUUAUUGAAGGUUUAGAAGUUGAGGAUCCAAAUAUUUAUGUUCUGACUGCACCCGGCUUGCUGUACCCUAUUUUACUGCCAAAGAUUUACCCCCCUUUGUUUGACCUGUAUGCCCUGUACAAUGAGGCCAGCGAUGAUCGUUACUGGGAGAGGGUGAGCAAGUUGAACAGACAAAGUGAUAUGGGGCUCAUGGCCUACCUGGGAAUUGAACAAAGAUUUUGGUUGAUGGAAGAUAUUUUAGAACAUGAUAAAACUCAGAAACUGUCCACCAUUAAAGAUGUCUGUUAUGCUGAGGCCGUGGAUGUUCUUCAACAGCUGAGUACUGCGUUUAGUCCAUUGGAGAAAUUAAAGAUUAUUGAGCAGUCUUUUAAUGAAAUCACUAAGACAGUUUCCCAGUCCUUGAAAGAUGAACACAUGUGGUGCAUGGAUGAUCUGUUCCCCAUCUUCCAGUUUGUUGUGGUCAGAGCCAAGAUCCACCACCUGGGAGCAGAGAUUCAGAUCAUUGAGGACUUGAUGGAGCCACACCUUGAGCAUGGAGAGUUUGGUCUGAUGUUUACAACAUUGAAGGCUUGUUAUUUUCAAGUUCAAAAUGAGAAGCUUCCUCAUCACUGAGAUGUUUGAUUAUACCCUCAGAGAGCCUCAUCACUGAGAUGUUUGAUUAUACCCUCAGAGAGCCUCAUCACUGAGAUGUUUGAUUAUACCCUCAGAGAGCCUCAUCACUGAGUUGUUUAUUCCUUCAAAGAGCCUCAUUACUAAGAUGUUUAUACUCCAAAAUUGCUUUAUCACUGAGACGCUUACACCCUAAAAGUGCCUCCUAACUGAUUUAGGCUAAAAAUAAAUGCACUGGGCUAAAUAUUGUUAAAAAAUCUAUUGAAAAAGUGAUACCUUUUUUUUUUCAUUUUGAAUAACAUUGUUUAUUUUAUUAACACCAUCUACAUAUAGAAUGGUUAAUGUAAUUAUAAAAUGGUGUAAAUACAUAUCUACAUGUGUUAAAUUUUCCAUGUAAAUGUAUGUUUCUUAUAUGUCAUGGGCUACACACUUUUGUUUUUUAAGCAAUGAACAAACAUAUGUACACUAAUUUUAUUAAUAUUAAUUUUUAAAAAAAACGUAUUGAUUGAUUUUUACGUUAAUCAGCUGAUCUAGAUUCUUUUGACUAAACUUUGAAUGUGUUUUCUUUUUUUUUUUUGGCUGUCUCAGGAUUUUCUUCUUCUUCUUCAUCGUUCUCAUUUUUAUGUUUUAUGUUGGAGCGUUCAGAUGACUAGACUAAUAUAUGAGAUGAACUGCGCAGUGGUUUCCAAAUCUGGGAGCUCUCCAAAUUGAAAGGACAAAAGAAAAAAUUUACCUUGCAAGUUUUGUAUGUGUUUUUUUUACAAAGCUUAUAUCGACUCUGUCUGUCUGUGUGAAAACGUAAUUUCUCCCACACCCAUUCUUGGAUCAAGUGGUAACUUCUCACAAUUAUUCUUUGGCAUAGACAAGAUUUGAAUAAAUUAAAAAAAAAGUAACUAAUUAGUCAAAUUACUGGUAAUUCAUUAUUUUGUUUCAUCUUAACAAGGGAGACUAUUUAUUUAGUAUUCAUAGAUAUGGCUAAAUUAGUUGGGUUUCGUCCACUUGAAUAAUUGUUAACUCUAUUUCUCCCUUGCGCAUUCUCUGAUCAUGUUGAUACAAUUAUUUAUUGUAUCUAACAAAGUAUGAAUUAAUUUAAAAAAAAAAGAAAACAGUCAGUUAAUUAUUAAUAAUUAAUUAUUUUAAAAAAAAUCAAAUACAGAAAAUAACAUGUAAAUAUUUGAUAGGUAUAGUUUAAUGGGCUGAGUUCUUCACCUUUUCAUAAGCUUUGUUUAAAAAAAAAAGAAUUUUUAUAUUAUGUUUGUUUUAAAUAUUUAUUUUGAGUGUCUUUUUUUCCAACUCUUGUACUAGAUUUGAUGCAAUUUAUAUCAAAAGUAAACUUUGUUUUGUUGUAGAAAUGAAGCAGUAAUCUAUUCCUAGUAUCAGGAUCAAUAUUUUAAUAUAAACCUGUCUUUUUUUCUUACCUACAAAUAGAAAGCAUCCCAUGUGCCCAUCUGAUCUUGCAAUCUAAUUUUAAUGUCCAGACUAUCAUUAACCUAAUAAAUUUAAUUUUUAAACUUAUGUUACAAAACCAAUUUAUAGUCAUGAAAUCCUUUUAUAUAGUUUGUAGCUUGAGAAUCUUUCUUUUCUGUUGAGGUUUACAUUUGGAAAUAAGAUGUAUAUGAAGCCAGCUAAGCAAUCAGAUGGCUUUGAAAGCUGUGUUUCAGUAGUUAGUGUGGUUUCAAUUUCUUCUUUCUUACAUCAGUACAACAAAGUGAUUUGGCAUUCUGAUAUGUUACAUCAUUUUAAAAUGUUUUCUUCUUUUGUUUAUUUUUGCUUAAAUUCUUAUUUUGAGAGUGGUGGCUGAGUGAUUAAGCGCUCUGCUUCUGAACUGAACCUACGAUCCUGGACUCGAAUCUCGGUGAGUAGACUGGUAAUAUUUUGAAAUUUGGGAUGUUUAGGGCGCCCAAGUCUACCCAACUUCAACGGGUACUUGACUUAUGCUAUCAAUAAACAAUGUUUAUAUCACUGGGUAAACUCAUAUAUCAAAACAAACAUUUGCAGUGUUCAGACCAAAAAUUCUUUUCAGAAUUUUGUAAGGCUUCUCCGGUAUCAUGUAGUCACUAAGCGGGGGAAGUACUCCAAGGUAUGUACUGUCUUAGAUACAUCCUGUACUCACACAGCUGUGCCAUGUUCUUUCUAGUGUGUGUCCUGUUCUUUCUAAGCUGUGUCAUGUACUUUCUAAUUUUUUUCAGAAUUAUAAGACUUACGUAAACAUUUCCUUCCAACUUUACCUAACUAGCUUCAUGAUAUUCUCAAGUUGGAAAUAACUUUCUGGUCGUUGACUUUACCACUAGUGUGAGUUCAAUAUAAAUCUGCAUGUGAAAUUGACACAGACACUUUACAUUAUCCAAAACAUAUUUGUAAUUUGAUCCAAGCCAUAAUAAAAUCAAUCACUAUAAUUGCUUGUUAAAUAAAACUGUAUUCAGUGAAGAAAUCUGACAGCAUCGUAAGACUUUGUCCUUGAUGCCAUAGCACAGGGCUCCCCAGCAGACCUAAUAACAAAAUUGGUUUAUAUUCUCCAUUGUAAUUUUCAAUCAGUGUUUAUCAAUUUCUACUAUUACCAUUUGAUUGUAGCUACGCCAGUAGAGUAUUCAUUAUACUUUUCAUCACAAUAGCUAGCAGUUAUAAUGGCAGCAGAAUAAAUACUGAAAAUUCCUUCAAGAAGAGUUAGCUGAGUGGUAAAGGGCUUGGCCUAUGAUCCCAGGGGUCUGGUUUAGGAGGUCUGGUUUAAGGGUUUGGUUUAGGGGUCUGGUUUUAGGAUGUCCCCUAGUCCAUCCAACUCAAAUGUCAUACAUUGGGUCGAAGUAAAGAUGGUUAGUUAUUGUGCUGGUCACAUGACACCCUUGUUAACAAACCCAGAAACACAUAAGCUUGACAUCGUGUGUCCCCAUACAUUGUUAGGUUUUACCUUGUUACCCUUUAAGUUUUAUCAAAACAAUAAAGUUGUGCUGAUUUUUAAAUAAAGUUUCAUUUUAUGUUUUUACAUUGUAAAGGUUGUGUAUAAUGUAUUGAGGAUAUCAUGUAAUUUGGAUAUCAAUAUCAUGUGUUAUAGGGUAUAAAUAUUGUAAUAUUAUCAUAUAAUGUAAUUAUCAUAUUACAUUCUGUAACUAUAAUAAUGGUUUAAACAAUAUUUCAUCACAGACGUUGAUUUGCUUUGUUUUUCAUGUAAAUAUAGUAAUUGAUUUUUUUCUAAAUUUUUUUAAAAAAUUUGCCUUACAUUGUUAUGAGGACAUUUUGUUUCCUGGGGACUUUUAUUCAAUGCUCUACGUUUAAUGAUCAGCUGCUUUUGUUUUGUUUCAUUUUUUAAAAAAUGUUAAAUCCUUUAGUCGUUGUGGCCAUGCUACUGGUCAGUGUCUUGUUUAAGGGUUGAAUUAUCUGUUUUGCUUAGUAUUUACUUGAUAACCAUCUUCCUCUUCUAUACAUUAGCGUGCUUUGAUAGUAAUGUAAUUAGAAAAACAAUAGGGAUGUAAAUAAAUGUGGUAAGCAGUCCUAUGUAUUUUAUUAAAUAAUAAAUGAUGUUUGUUUCAUGCACAUUACUGUUUUUUUAAUUAUCAACUCACUCUGUCUGUCCGUAUGUCUGUCUGGAUGGAAUCUUAUUUCUCCCACUUCCAUUCCCUGAUGAAGUUGAAACUUGGCACAAUUAUUCAUUGUUGAUGACAACACCUGAAUCAGUUUUAAAAAUUAACCAAUUAGUUAAUCAUUUAAUCAUCAUUAAUUUAUCAUACUAGAUGUAGAAAUAUAUUACGCAACUAAAAACCUUUAAUAGACUAUAAAAUCUUCUAUUUGUAUACGUGCAUGAAAAGUUCAGUGACUAACACUUCAGCCUGUCAUCCUGGACUCGAACAUAUUUCUUUUUUUUUAAACUUAUAUAGCUUUUAAAUAGCAGACUGAGCAUGCUAUUAGUAUAAAACAAAAACAAUUAAUAGAAUUUUUUCCUAUCACACAACUAUUAAAUAUUAAUUACAUGAGUGAUUUUAAGUAGUCUAUACAACGUGACUCAAUGUAACCUUUGAUUUUAAAAAAGUAUUUUUACAAAACUUAUAUCAACUCAUUCUGUCUGUCUGGUAAAAAGUUUGAACCUUAUAAGACAUGAAUCAAUCAAAAAAAUUAAACAAUCUGUUAAUUAAUUGUUGGUGAUUAAUUAUUUUGAUUUCAAAAUAAGGGUAAUACUUAAAGAUACAUUUUUUGACACAUUUGUAUAUGUUGUACUGGUAUCGAAAAAUGUUUUUAAUGAACUUUUUUUUAAAAAGAAAGAACUAAUCCAAUGUUUUAAAUAUUGAAGUCUCUAGUGUUCCUAUAUUACAGUCUAUUUCUAUUAGCUUGAAAUGAUUUCUGUCACAAUGUUGUUUAAAAAAAAAUCUUUCAGAUUGAUAACGUAUGUUUGAUAGUUUUAUAGUGAAAUAUUGUAACUUUUUAAAUUAUAUUUUCUCUUUUUGUUUUGUUUGCACAAUAAUAUUUGAGGUCAUUUUGUUUUUUUGAAAAUCAUAUAGGUUAUUUGAGGGCUUUUUAAAAAAUUGCUUUUUGGUGAUACAAAAAUGACCCUUUACACACUAAUGCAAUCGGCCUUUGGCUGCCUGGUUGUGCGGUAUGUACUCUGGUCACGAUGGUCCUGGUUUCAUACUCUGUCUGCGUCAUCCUGCAUUAGGUAUGGACUAGUAGAUUAUCUUCAUUCUGAUGGAACAUAUGAGAUGUAAAACAAUUUAACUCUUUCACUCCUGACAAUACCAACGUUGAUUUAACCCCAUUAAAUUAAAUUAAUUUUUGGUUUUAUGAACUGUAAUUUGUGUUAGAUAAAAAAGAUCAUGCAUUCGUCUAUAAUUAUAUACCUUAAAUAACACUUCCUCAUAACUUACAAAAAAAUAAUUGAAGUUUAAUCAUAAUAGGGUAGUGAAACGGAAAUAAGCAAAAUAAAUAAUUCCAUUGGAACGUGGAAAAUAAUUACGGAGAGAAAGAGUUAAAAAGGCUGGGGGGAGACAGGAAUGAAACUAUUUAUGAAGAUGUGUAGUAUGUUAUAAGAAUAUGCUGCCCUUGUGAUUACAGCUCUAACAAGAUACUUUGGAUGCACGAGACAGGUUUAUGAGAUUUGUUUUAACGCUUCUUUGGUCCUUCUCUUGAACUGUAAAUUAUAUUUGUACCUGUGAUACUGAAAUGUCAUCUUAACCUAUUAGUAACCUACAUGUGACAUAGUCUGAUGCCAGCUGUCAGUUGUUGUAGUACUAUGACCUGACAGAAUAUUCAAACGUUUUGUCAAUGUUUUUUUUUUAAGCGUCAAUAAAUGUUCUAUUGCUUCUAGUUUA